GUUGUAUCCUGGUUGUUGAUGUUAGUAAUGUGGAACCACCGAGUGUGUGAAACAGAAACAGGUUAAAUUCAAAAUAAAAUAUCCGUCUGAAUUUUUAAGGCAGUGAUUUGAUUGAGUAAUCUGUAUUCUCAAAUUCAUUAUUACUUUCCCUUCAUUGAUUUAAAUCUGUGUAUAAGUAUGAUUUAAGAAAAAAAACUUACUAAUUAUUCAUAUUGGUGACUUUUGAUGUUGAAAAUUAUUUUUGAGUGUCAUCUUAUUUUAUUAAAAGCUCUGUUCAGAAUGCUUUGAGUGCAGAUUUCCCAUAGGUUUUGAAUUAUGUGAGAAAGCGUAAUAUUUGUUGCCAUGGCAGGCAAUCCAUUUGUUGAAGAAAUUGACUUUAAAGAAAUCACCUUGGAAGGGAUUCUUGGGAAAGGUUCAUUUGGUACUGUAAGAAAAGGAAAGUGGCGUAAUAUAGAUGUGGCAGUUAAAGUUAUAGAAACAGAGCAAGAAAAAAAAGCUUUUAUUGUGGAGGUUCAGCAACUAUCUAGAGUGAAUCACCCUAAUAUUGUAAAAUUAUAUGGAGCUUGUACAAAACAGCCAGUGUGUCUAAUAAUGGAAUAUGCUGAAGGUGGAUCACUGUAUGAUGUUCUUCAUGUUAUGAAACAAGUUCAGUAUACAGCAGCACAUGCCAUCAGUUGGCUCCUUCAGACAGCCAAUGGUGUUGCAUAUCUUCAUAAUAUGAAACCACGUCCUCUUAUCCAUCGAGAUCUUAAGCCUCCCAACCUUUUAUUAGUAAAUGGUGGUACUGUAUUGAAAAUAUGUGAUUUUGGCACUGCAUGUGAUAAGCACACAAAUAUGACUAAUAGUAAAGGUAGUGCUGCUUGGAUGGCUCCAGAAGUGUUUGAAGGUUCCCAGUAUAGUGAAAAAUGUGAUAUAUUCAGUUGGUCUAUAAUCUUGUGGGAAGUUCUGACCCGACAAAAGCCUUUUCAUGAUGGUGAGCGUGCUACUGCAUUCUGCAUCAUGUGGGCUGUCCAUAAUGGUAAACGUCCUCCCUUAAUCCAGGGUUGUCCCAAGCCUCUUGAAAGCCUGAUGACAAGGUGUUGGGCCAAAAAUGCUAAAGACAGGCCUGAUAUGAUAGAUGUACAAAGUGAACUUUCAGAAAUAUUUAAAUAUAUGAAAGGUGCUGACCAACCAAUUACAUUAUUACGCUCAGAAGAAACCAAUACUACAGUAGAAACAUCACCCUUGACAACACCUGCAGCAAAGAAUGAAAACGGAGGUUCAAAUUCCAAGACUGUACUGCCAUGCAGGCUUGAGGAGAUUCCACUCAGUUCACUUUUUAUGAGUGAUGAUAAAUUUCUUUCUGUUGAAAAUGCUGGGGAAAAAUAUGCAAAAGAUGCAAGAAAACGUCGUUCUACUGAUUUUAGCAUUUGUGAUAUAAAAUUGCCUGACAAUUUAGGUCAUCGUAGAUCUAGAUCUUGUGAUUCCCCUCAGUGGAAGUCUCCAGAUAGUGAUGUUAAAAAUGACAGUAACCUUCUUAUUUCAAAUGAAUUAACUAAUAGAAACAUCAGCAAAAAUGUUGCAGAUGGAAAUGUUGGCAGUGUGUCAUAUCCUGGAAACUACGUUUUACUUCUUGAACCAAAAUUUCAGCCAUUGCCUCCAGUGCAAUGUCCAGAAUCUAUAGAAAUCUAUCAAAAGCACCUUAACCUUGCACGUGAAUUGUUUCUGUGUAGGAAUGAAGUAGCUCUGUUAACGGAAAGGAGGAAUGAAUUGAAAGCUCAGCUGCAAGACAGAGAUUCUUCAAGCACUUAUAUUGAUGAAUACUUGCAUUUGAAAACAGAAAAAGAAGGUCUUCUUCAACUUCGACAGAAUCUUAAAAGACAGCUUGAAAUCAUCCGUAAUCGACAGCAGCAAAAUCAAACCAAGAAUUCUGAUGACUGGGUCAUGCUUUGAUAGGAAGCUAUACCUUGAAGUUAAGAAAAGCUGAUUGUUAUAGAAACUGUAUUGUUUCUAAUACACUAAACUGAAUUUUAAGGGUAAUUAAUAUACUUUAUUUACUAUAAUAAAUGUAUCAUUUUAAGUUCCCUCUCCUUUUUUAACAAAUUAAAUUUUAGUGAUGUAGGUCAGUAGUACUGUAUCCUCAGUUUAUUUACAUUUUGAUUACUUACUUUUAUAUAAACUUUUCCCAUUAAAUGCAUGUCUGCAAACCAGAUGUCUGAAAUAAUGUGAACUUAGCAUUAUUUUCUAUUUUGGAAGACUAUUUAAUUGAAAGUGAAAUUUAUCAGAUUGUGAUUCAUCUGUAUAGAAAAGUGUACUGUGACUUUGUAAUGAUAUUAAUCCUCAGUAAUGCAUAUAUGCAUUUUGUUUUAGUGCCUUUAUUUAUUGUUAAAAUUUUUAAUUAUAAAAAGAAAUAUAUGUAGGAAAACGCGUUCGGUGCAAACACUAAUUGACUUAGCAACCCGUUAAGGUAUAGUUAUGUAAUGUAGUGAAAUUAAGUGUUGAUUUAUAAACCCUAACAGCAGAUGGCUUCUGUUAUAUUACAAAAAUAAAAUGUGAAGUACAAUUUGAAUGUGAAUUGAAACCCAAAAUAUUACACUAAACAAGUAUUCUUCCUAAAUGUUCUGAAUAUGUGGUAUAGCUUUACAGCUAAGCCUUACUUAUCCUUGAUUACAAAUUAAUAGUCAACCUCCACCAAGCACCAUAUCAUCCAGGAUGGCAAAAAAACAUUAUAUAAAAAUGAAUAUGCUACAAGAAUUUCAAAAAAUAUAUCUGAAGAGUGCUGUAAGCAAACAAAGUACCGUAUUUGACUGCAUAUAAGACGCACCCUUAUUUAGAAGGCCAUACACGUGUAGAUGGAGAAAAAGUUAUGUGUGUCUAGACCUUUAUCCGGGCUAAAAAUAGCAUUCAGUAUUGAAAGUUGACCUGUGUCCUUCACGUAUAAGAUGAAGGUAACUUUUUUUUAGACCAAAUUUAGGAAAAAAGUGCGUCUUAUAUGCCGUCAAAUAUGCUAAAUAGUCUCCAUACAAGAUACCCACCCACUUGAACUAUAUCUUGCUUCCAAGAGGAUCCAUCAUAAGAUUUACAACAUAGUUAUAUCUUGCAAUUGAGUGUAUCAUCUGGUACCUAUACUCAUUAGUCUGUUUGAUUUUUUUCCAUACUGUAGAGCUGUCUUGCUUUAUGUAUAUGGUAGUUUUUGUGUCGUGUGACAGGUGUUGAGCAGAGGUAUCUGAGUUGACUGAUUGCUUCUAUACCUCAUAGUGAAGAGUCCAUUCUGGAUGAUAUGACUGCUCGCACUUCACUAUACCUCAUAGUGAAGAGUUCAUUCUGGAUGAUAUGACUGCUUGCACUUCACUGUUCUCCAACAUUGGUUUGUUGGCUGAUCUGCUGUACUGUGGCUUGUCUCUCUGCUGCUACUGAGCUACCCCACAGCAAAGCUUUUUAUUCACAAGUUUUUAUGCCACGAGAGUUUAUUUUGUCAAUGGUAAUAUUAUUAAAAUCCACGUACUCAUAACAGACUAUUAACAUAAUGGCUUGUGAAAAGCUUAAUGUCUGCGUGAGUAUGGAGAUGAAUGUCCCGUAUGUCUAACCCUGACAAUCUGGCCAUGAUCAAAUACACCAAGGUUUCUAGUCAUACCCAUCAGAAGCUCUUAUGUCUUUGAUGUAUAGUAUAAGUUUCAAUGAGUUCCCAAUCAUGUGCGUUUUCAUAAUUUUCAUUUGCCACCGAUGCAUAAUGUAACAUUGCCAGAAUGCCAACCAUCUCUCAUUAAAUUCCUCAUCGGUAUACUGGUAGUAAGUUUUUUAUAAUAUUGGUAUUUAUAAAUAACAGUUUGCUGCCUGGAUGCUGCAGUCCAAUUGGCAUAUAUUUUAUCAACAAUUAAAUUUAUACAGUAUAAUAAUACCUCUGUUGGUUGCAUUAUUAACCAAUAUACUGUUACAAUUUGAAAAGCAUAUUAAAGGUACUGUAUGGUUGGUUGAUUCAUCCACUUAUGGCCCACCAUUUUAUUUUCUUUCUUUUAUAAAUGAAGAAAUUAUGAUAAUGAUUAUAUAAACGAUACUCAUGGAAUUAUAUAUACGAUUACUUAUUGAAUUAAAUUUUUAAAAUUUUUGUAUUAAUUUUUAAAGGAAUAUAUUUUUUUCUUUUUUGGGAAGGAAGGGCAGGAUAGGUGCAUCACUUUAAUUCUCCCCCCCCCAAAAAAACAAAUCGCUAAAUAUUGGUAGUUCAAUCCAGGUUUGAGUCUUUGUGAAUGGGCUGGUUGGAUGGAAAUUUUCAUGGUUUUUCCUAUGUAUAACGUAAAUAUCAGCUAGUUAGCCUUAAAAAGUCCUCCAUAAAAACUCUCAUUUCUCUUAAGCAAAAAGCCCUCACAUGCUUUGUUAUAAUUUGAAUAAUUUUCUGACCCUCAAAAUAUAACUAAAAAUUCAAACAGAUUUGUAAUUCUCAUUACAACUUAGUUGCUUUUCAAUUUUUAAUAUAAAUUUAUAAAUGUAAAGUUUGAAAAAAAAUUCUUUUUUCCUACCAAACUAAGUACAUUAGUUUGGUAUAGUUCAAAGAAUAAGUUUUUAUUAUUAUUAUUAUUAUUUCCUCUUUAUCCUUUUGCUUAUAAAUGGAGACUUGUUUUAAUGUAUUCCUCUUCUUGACGAAAUUCCAAAUAAUAUAUGUAAAAGUAUAUUGAUUACUAGAAUGGAAAUAAACAAGCUUGUAAUAUUUAUUGUUUAUAGUUAUAUUUUUAAGUAAUAAAAUGAAAUACAUACAUAAAUAAAGUAUGUAAUUUUAUAUGUUUCCUCUGAAGAGUGAAAUGUCAUUUUUGUAUUCAGACCACUUUGAAGAAUAGGUUUGCAACAAAUUUCAAGUAAGGAUAUGGCAUUUCAUCAAUGCAUAUCAUCAUUAUGAAUGAUAUUGUUAUCAGUAAAAUAAAAAAAAUUAUAUUAAAUAUUAAUCAGAAGUAUAAUGUAGGUAAUGUUAAUUUUUAAAAUGCACCUUUAUGUAAAAAGGUGAGUAAUAAAUAGUAUUUCACUCAAAAAAAAAUUGGAGAUCAUGUAGCUUAUGAUUAUUUUUUGCAUUAUUAUUGAACUUUGCACAUUAAAUGCUUGCUAGUUACUUUUAUACUGCAUAAUUUUAGAUUUGUGUGAAAUGCAGCUUAUUAAUAGUUGUGAUCUUCCAGUAUGAUUGUGUUUGUAAAAUCUCAGUGUGCAGCAUAUUUAAUCUGUUAUGACUGUAAUCAAUCAAAGCUUUCAGUCUUGUUUCAAAUUUACAAAUAAAUAUUUUUCAUAAAUGUUUUAUAUUGCAUACUCACGUGUAAUUUAUCUUGUCUUACUAGAGUACUGAUUGAUUCAGCUUUUAAUGCUGUGAAUAUAGAUUUUAAAUAUUGACUUUUUACCAAAUGUACAGUUGCUGUAACAUUGAACGUGAGAUUUUGUACAAAAUGUAUUUAUGCUCAAGUUGAAAUUUAACGUUCUGGCUUAUAAGCAGAUGGUUUAAAUGUAAAAUUCAAAAUGCUCAUAUUAUAUGAGUUAAGUGGUACAAAAGAAAUUCUUGAUCAUAUCUUAUAGCAGUUAAUUGUUCUUGUUUAAAGUUUAUUAUUAAUGUUUAUGUAAACAGCCUGUACAGUAUAAUUAUGUUUAAAUAAACUGUUUUUCCAAACAU